CACAAAAUAAAUAUGGCUGCCGGACCGGAUUCAUUUCUUUUGUGAUUUAUAGUAGUUCAUUGCAUAUUCUUGUGUAUUUUUUGCCGUUUGUGUAUUGUGAAUUUGUAUAUUGCUCUAUAGGUAUGUCUGUUGGAUUAUUUAAGAUAUUUUCUAAUAUUCUGAAACAGAAUUUACCGCGGCUUCACCUAAAGACAGGUCCAGUGCGAGGCCUGGCAGCUGCAAUGGACGUGGCGGUGACUGAAGACAAUGAAGUGGUCUCUAACAAGAAGUUCACCCGGUUCAGGAAACGGCAGUGGGAAAAUUAUUCAAAGAAAGAAAACGAUGAAAGUGAGAACAAGAGGACUUGUGAUGGCGAUAAGCCGUUCGAGAGGAUUAAGAAGAAGAAAAUGGCCAUGCUACUUGGCUACUGUGGGGUAGACUACUAUGGGAUGCAAAGAAACCCAGGUGUGCCAACGAUAGAAGAGGAGUUAUUGAAGGCAUUGCUUGAAGCCAAGUACAUAUCAGAUGAAGACUUUAAGAACCAGCAGAAUGCACAGUUUCAGAGAAGCUCGAGGACUGACAAGGGUGUCUCAGCCGCCAGACAAGUGGUUUCACUUAAAAUGCCAUUAGAAGUUCACAAAGAAGAGAUUAACAGCAGACUACCAGAGUGUAUAAGAGUUUUUGGCAUAAAACGGGUCACAAAUAAAUUUAAUUCCAAAGGAAAAUGUAAUGCUCGCACAUACAGUUACACACUACCUACAUAUGUUUUUGAAUCAAGUUUAAUCACCGUUGAAGAUAGAAAAAAAUAUAGAAUAACUCCUGAAAAACUAGAGGAAGUCAACAAAGUUUUAGGAGUCUAUAAAGGCACUAAAAGUUACCACAAUUUUACAGAAAAGAAACACCACACGGAUCCUUCAGCAUCCAGGUUCAUGAUGAGUUUUGGUGUUGAAAAAGUAUUUGUUGACUCUGAAAUGGAGUUUGCUGUUUUACUCGUCAAGGGCCAGAGUUUUAUGCUGCAUCAGAUCAGGAAAAUGGUUGGUUUGACCAUAGCGGUAGUGCGAGGGCAUACAGACAUGGCCACUCUGGAGAAAUCAUUCGGCAAAGAAAAAGUUAUGAUUCCUACUGCCCCCGGAUUGGGAUUGGUUUUAGAUAUGGUGCACUAUGACCGGUACGACGCGCGGUACAAGACCAGCCACGACAGUCUCACCUGGCAAGAUGAGGAGGAAGCCGUGCAGAAGUUCAAACACGACCACAUCUACCCAGUCAUUGUUAGAGGGGAACUCGAAGGCAAUGCGAUUGGCGAAUGGAUCGAUACGAAAUUGAUUCAACACUCGUACGAACCGAGUGAUGACGUCCCUCUAGAAAAAGGUGAAGAGAACGAGAUCGAAAUGGGCGGUGAUGAUGAUGAUGAGGACGACACUGCACCAGAGAGAGAGACGACUACAGAAGACAGUAAAAAAGAUCAUGAUAAAUCUAGUAAAGAUAGUGUGGUGGAUGCAAAAACUUGUGAAAAAGAAAACCCCAAUGAGGGAAGUGAACAGAGUGAUAAAAUUGAAGUGAGUGAGUUUUCAGUGAAGGAAAUAUCGUAAUAUACGUUAGCUAGGUUAGGCAUUGUCAGAUUACUGCAGAAUUACACUGUAUGAAUAUUUGGUUAUAUGUAGUAGCAUGACUAUAAAAUAUGUGGUCUAUAAAAUAUGUAAUAUAAUUAUUACUAUGUAUAAAAUAGUAACAAAAAUAAAUGUUAUGUUAUA